AUGAAAAUUAUUAAGAUAAUUGAAAGAAGAAGAGUUGAAGAAUGGAAAACCACAAGAAGAGAUAGACAUUUUGAAAUUUCCGAGGUGACGAAGAUUAUGAAAGUCAUGAUAAUGAAGAUGGGGAAGGAAAAGCUCAUAAAUAUAAUAUAUGAGAUGCUAUUUGAUGUUGUUCUUCAACAACAGGAAUACGACAAAAUAAAUUGGAAUUUCAUCUCAUAUUGCCAGAUCGUGUAUGGACAGAAUCGUUUAAGCUACAUAGAAUGUUGA